UGCCUCAGCGGGGCAGCCGCUCAUUGAUCAGCGGGCUGGGCAGCUAGCAGCGGUCCUGUCAGUGUGGGCUCGCUGCCGCUUCUGCUAAUGGAUAUUUUCUAGCCAAAGGAGGAGGAAGUUAGUCGGUAUUUGUUGCAGAAUGGUAUUAAGAAAAAGACUAAAAUGGUGCCUUUGUAGUAGAUGUAUUAACACUGCCGGCUAGUCGCUGAUGUAACGUUAACGAGUGAAAGUUAGCUUGGUUUUUUAGUAGCAUACCGGUAGCUAACUAGGCCUUCCUUUUCCUUUGGCUAGCCAGGCACUUUAUUGUUUUUCUUCCCCUUUUAUAGAGGAAUUAGUUCAAAGUUAUCUCCUUGCUGAGUUUAGCACUUGCCGUAGACCUAUUUUUUCUUUGCUUCCUGUGUGAAGGAUUUGACAUGAAGAGGGUUAACAGCCUCCAGAGGUUUAUGAACAGGCGGGCCUCUGCUAACUGCCGCUACCAGCCCACCUGCUAUGAGCAUGCUGCAAACUGCUACACUCAUGCGCUCCUCAUCGUGCCGGCCUUUGUGGGCAUGGCGUUGCUGCACCGUAUGUCAGACGACCGAUGGGAGAGGAUCACGGCCUGGGUGUACGGCAUGGGCCUGUGCGCCCUCUUCCUGGUCUCCACUGUGUUUCAUAUCAUCACCUGGAAGAAGAGCCACAUGAGGUCUGUGGAGCAUUGCUUCCAUAUGUGUGACAGAGUGGUCAUCUAUUUUUUCAUUGCUGCCUCCUACACACCUUGGUUGAACCUUCGUGAACUCGGCCCUCUAGCAGCACACAUGCGCUGGUUUGUAUGGCUGAUGGCUGCUGCUGGGACCAUCUAUGUUUUCAACUACCAUGAAAAGUAUAAACUUGUCGAGCUGGCCUUCUAUUUGACGAUGGGUUUUUUCCCUGCAUCAGUCGUGACGUCAAUGAGCAACACAGAGGGGCUUCACGAGCUGGCCUGCGGAGGUCUCAUCUACUGCCUGGGCGUGUUUUUCUUCAAGUCUGACGGCGUCAUCCCCUUCGCCCACGCCAUCUGGCACGUGUUUGUGGCGCUGGCCGCUGCCGUGCACUACUACGCCAUCUGGAAAUACCUCUACAAGAAUCCCAGCGCCGAGACGCUCCUCGACUCCUGACCACCGGGGCCCGAAGCUGGUGACCUGGCAGACCUGGUGCUCCACCUCCCCUUGUGCUUCUGAGCCGAGGCACCUGCACACUUUGACUCCCUCAACUGCCCAUUAAGGCUGCAGCGACAGCCAGAAAGUUUACGAAAAUGACCAUGCAUUGUUUACUGUUUUCUAACGUGGUGGAGAACAGUUUUUUCCAGUAUCUCCCUGACAAUUUAAAAAAACAAAAAAACACCUCAGUCAAAAAAGCUACUUUUGAAGCUAUUUUAUAUAAGUUUUGUUCAAUCUGAACCAAAAAAUACUCUUGAGAGUGAGCGAAUUUUGACUUCCAAUUUUACAGUUAUUAUUACCCUCGGCACGUUGGUGAAUAUUUGUGAAGUAUUUGAUAGUAGUAGUCUUUUUGUAUCACUUGAAUGAGUCACAUUCCACACUCGGGGUCAUGUCAUUUGUGGAGAAUUUGUCUGUCAUCCUUUGAGAUUCUCUGUUACCCGUUUUUAGUCGGUGAUUUGCGCAGUAGGGAUGUUGCAGCAGGAGUAGUUAUUAUUGGUUUGAAGCUUCUGAAGUCACUCGCUGCUCUGCGGAGCUGCGGGUGUAUUUUCUUUGAAAUACAGAAAGUCAGAUGGAAGGAGAUGAAAAGAUUUUCAUGCGACUUAUGCGGCUCAUUAAAACUUCCAAAGCACCAUGUUGGCACUUAGGUGAGCUGAAAGGAUAGGAUUUUUUUUCCGAGCUUCCCUAAUUUUCACCACAAACUUACUUCGCUUUGCUCUCAUCUGAUCCAGAUUCAUGCAGUUCUUGUCUCUUGUUUUGUUCAUGCUCGGUCUCUACCCAAAUGCAGUUGCAAUUUUCGGAGGUGCCGGUAAGCUAAGAACCACAAACAAUAGCUCUUAACAUUUCUGUAAAUAAUUAUCCCUCUACUUAUGGGUUAGUGUAAACUGAGCAUGGGAGGUGAUUCACAGUGCAUUUCAGAGUAUGUGUAGGUGGGACAGGUGAAGUGGAUUCAUCAGCAUAGCCCUUGAUAUGAUGUGCUAUCUUGUCUAAGCCAAAUAAUGUGAGCGUCGGGCGCAGUUCCUACAGUGUAACGGUGCACAGUACAGUAAGUGACCAAGAGGAAAAACCACAGGGAUCUCCAGGCUGGAGAAUCAUGCUGAUAAUUAAAUUUUUGGUGUGUGAAGAAUGUGCAGCAGGACUUUCGUAUGUACAAGACCUUAUUACAUUUCCAUUAGUUCUUUGAGUCUUUGAGUUUCACCUUUAGCACAGCCAACCUUCCUCUGUGUUCUGCUUGGAAAAUGGAUCCAAUGGUUUAAGAAACCACAAGUUGAGACCAUAUCAUGUUAUGGUUUUGUUGAUUUUUUUUUUUUUUUUUUUUUUUUUUUUUUUUUUUGCUUAAUGGCUCCAUGUUUCCGAUUCCAACAAAUUACCUGCUGUGUCUGUUGCUUUCCCCCUGAUGUUGUGUGGAGCGUUGUAAAUCUGAAUGAUGUGUAUUUUUUAACCGUGGCUCCACUGAAAUGUAUCAUUGAUUCCUUAACCACUCUGUUUUGUAAUGUUUGUAUAUUCUGUUGUUUUGGAUCACACUGUCCAGGCCUUUGCAGGGAAAAAAAAAACUGCUUCUUGUUUAUUCCAUUGGCUGUCAAUGGUGCUGCAUAUUCAUGAAUGCUCCUCCACCACACUGAAUAUUACCUUUCUAAUGUGAAAAUAAAAAAAAAAAAAUGAUAAUGUA